ACGUUUUCUUUUCUCCUACAGAUGCUCAGUCUACACUACACAGCUCUCUGUUUUGCUGUGAUGAUCAUAGGGACCGUGACGGAAUCAUAUCACAGCAGUGGACAACACCAACCACAGCAUUACAGAGGGAUAAACUAUUACAGCGGGCCGGGGAUACAGCAUUUACAGCAGCAGAGAGAGUUACAGCAUCACAGCAGGUACAGCGGUCAGCAGAAACAGCAAUACAGGAAUGAUGGUCGUGGUAAUGCCAACAAUAUAUGCGAUGCUAAAACUAUUUGGAUGGAUAAGACUGAAUAUAGAAAUAUGCCCGUGGUUAAGAAUAUAAAACGAUCAACUUACUUCCAAGCGAAUCAGAUUAUGACCCAGACGAUUAUAUCAACCAAAUCGGUUCCUUAUUUUGUCACUCAAACACAAAUGGUGCCGCAGUUCAUGACUAAGAUGGCUGUUCUACCACAGUUCAUCACCCAUACUGUGUUCUCUACCACGCUCCACUCCACCACCCUCACUGAACGGAUAUAUAACACCAUAACAGCAAUCAGAACACAACAUAUGUUUGUAACUGUUUGUCCUGAUGGGUACUGAUUGGUUGUGGUGUUUUUGUUUUGUAGUGGUUAUUUGCCACUUACAGCAGCUAGUUUAUUGUGCACUCUAUAUUCAUCCUGUGAGCGGUAGUGCAAAAGGAUUAUAGAGUAGAGUUUACAAAGGGUCAGGAUAAUUAACCCCUGUGGUCAGGAUGUUAUGGCACUGAAUGUUACACAGUAUUUUAUUUACAUUAUUUGUUUAGUUCUAUACAUAAAGGGUAA